AUGGCAACGCCUAAGGAGGGGCCUGAGAGACCCACGGAGCGCCUGGAUGUUGCGCGCGGCCUGGAGAACGUGCCCGUGAGCGCGUGGCCCCCGGGGGCGGAGCCAGAGCCUUUCCAGUAUACUCCUGACCACGUAGCUGGACCUGGAACAGACAUCGAUCCCACACAAAUAACCUUUCCCGGAUGCAUUUGUCUCAAAACCUGCCUCCCUGGUACUUGCUCCUGUCUCCGUCAUGCAGAGAACUAUGAUGAUAAUUCCUGCCUUAUAGAUACAGGAUCCCAAGGCAAGUGUGCCAACCCGGUUUUUGAAUGCAAUAUCCUGUGCCAGUGCAGUGACCAGUGCAAGAACAGAGUGGUCCAGCAAGGUCUACAGUUCCAACUCCAGGUGUUCAAGACGGAUAAAAAAGGCUGGGGACUUCGUACCUUGGAAUUUAUACCAAAAGGACGGUUUGUCUGUGAAUAUGCCGGAGAAGUUUUGGGAUACUCUGAAGUACAGAGAAGAAUUCAGUUACAAACAAUACAGGACCCAAAUUACAUUAUAGCCGUCAGAGAACAUGUUUACAGUGGGCAGGUAAUAGAAACAUUUGUUGAUCCUGCCUCUAUAGGAAAUAUUGGAAGAUUUCUUAACCAUUCUUGUGAGCCAAACCUGUUGAUGAUUCCUGUCCGAAUUGACUCAAUGGUACCCAAGUUGGCACUUUUUGCAGCCAAAGACAUUUUGCCAGAAGAAGAACUCUCUUAUGACUAUUCGGGAAGAUUUCUUAAUUUAAUGGACAGCAAAGACAAAGAAAGGCUAGAUCAAGGGAAAACAAGAAAACCUUGUUAUUGUGGUGCCAGAUCGUGUGCUGCUUUCCUCCCUUAUGACAGUUCACUAUACUGCCCCUUAGGAAAGUCAAACAUAAGUUAG